UUGAAGUUCAGGUUCAAGUUCAAGAAGGCCAGCCUAAACAAACAGAAAAACAACGCUUUGGAAGAAUAAAAGGGCAUUUGGGUUCCUUGAAGGCUUGACCCCCAACUCUGCAGUCUGCCCGUUCUCUAUCCUUUAGGAAACCACUCAAGGUGGAAAUUGCAACAUUGGAUCAACGUGAAAUGUUCUGCUUGAGCGAGAUUGAGCACACGUUGCGAUUGCCUCCCCAUCUCCUUAAUCUUCCUCUUGCCGAAGCUAUUAAGGGAGAACUCGAAGGUCUGUUUCUAGACAAGGUUAUUGCAAAAUUGGGGCUUUGUAUAUCUGUGUACGAUAUUAGGUCAAUUGAUGGCGGCUUUAUCUUUCCGGGAGAUGGCGCUUCAACUUAUACGGUGAAGUUCAGACUGCUAAUGUUUCGCCCCUUUCUAGGAGAGGUUAUUUCCGCAAGACUUAAAGAGUCUUCCUCCACCGGUUUACGCUUGUCACUUGGAUUUUUUGAUGACAUAUACAUACCUAGAGCUUUGUUACCAAGUCCCUCACAUGAUGAGCCUGAUCCAGAAGAUAAGAACCAGGUCAGGUGGAUAUGGGAGUUUAAUGAACAAAAUUACCCUAUCGAUGGCAUGGAUGAGAUUAGAUUCCGGGUUCACAGCAUUCAGUAUCCUUCACUACCACUGGAGCAAGAUGAUGGUUCAAAACCUUUCGCCCCUAUGCUGAUCACUGGAUCACUUGAUGCUGAUGGUUUGGGUCCCAUUGCAUGGUGGGUUUAACAUGCUCUGGGGUGGUGAUCUUUUAUUGUUAGAAGAAGUUAACACAGUCAGUUGAUUACUCAAGCAGCAAGCAUGACCCUUCUUAUAUCUCUACAUGAGGACAUUGAACAAGAGUGCUUUCGUAGACCUUUUUAAUCUCUUGUCAUGACAGUCCUUUAAAGCUGUCUGUCCAGUUUUCCCUUGUAUUUGGGGUUUGUGUUAGGCUCGAGGGAAAGAUUACUUGCAUUCAUAAUUGGGGUUGCAAUUCGUUGAGGCAGGAAAAGCAAAAUAAUAUAUCGUUUACUACGGAAACUCUUAACCAGAAGUUCGUAUGUUAAUUGUAAACUAUGGGAUUAUAUUUCGCGUUGCUGUAAGUGGUUUGAUUUUGAUCACUAGUUCUGGUUCA